AUGGUGGAGGAGAGCAUCCCAAUGGUGGAUUUCCAGCAACUUUGUGAGGAAGAGGAGUGCAACAAACUAAGAGAUGCAUGUGAAAAAUGGGGGUGUUUCAGAAUCGUCAACCAUUCUAUUCCAAUAACACUCAUGGCAGAGAUGAAGUCCGUGGCUAAAUAUCUACAUGACCUUCCUAUGGAGAUAAAAAAACGCAACAAAUCCGUCGGCUCUGAGGGUGGCUACGUGGGAUCGAUUAAAAUCAGUCCUCUAUAUGAGAGCUUAGGAAUAUAUGAUAUGUGUUCAUCACCCCAAGCAGUUGAGGAUUUCUGCUCUCAGUUGAAUGUCUCAACCCACCACAGGCACAUAAUAGAGGUAUAUGGCCAAGCAAUUCGUGACUUCGUAUCAAUUAUAUCAAAAAAGAUGACUGAGUCUAUGGGCGUAAUGGGUGCUGAUUUUGAGGACUGGCCAUUCAUUUUUAGGAUGGUCAAAUAUAACUUCACCCCAGAAACUGUAGGUGAAUUAGGUGUAGAACUACACUCAGAUACAGGAUUCAUAACUCUGCUUCAAGAUGAUGAACAUGUUGGUGGUCUUGAGAUGAUGGAUGACUCUGGCUCUUUUGUGGCUAUCCCUCCCAAAUCAGGGUCUUUCCUUUGCAUUAUUGGAGAUGUUGCACAAGCAUGGAGUAAUGGAAGACUUCGCAAUGUGAAACAUCGUGUAGUAUGCAAGGAAACAACUACUCGUUAUUCAAUCGGUGCAUUUGUGAUACCAUUAGCUGAAUAUAAUGUUGAGGCCCCAAGAGAGCUGGUGGAGCCUAAUCAUGCGCGUCUCUAUCGCCCAUUUAAAUACAGAGAGUUAUCUAUCAUAAAAAAAUAUAUAUACAGAGAGUUUAAGGAGUCGACAAUCACCACAGGGAAGAGAGCUGGUCAGGUCCUUGAGCAAUUUCGCAUUAGCUAG